AUGGCAGACCCUCUAUCUAUCGCAGGCCUGGUUACAGGCGUAGUCUCCCUCGGCAUCCAGCUUCACAACGAUCUAAAGAUCUUCCUCGACAUCGUCAAGAAUCGAGAUGAAGACAUCGCCAAACUUACAAGACAAGCUGCAACCAUGGCUCAGGCCUUGGACGCCAUUGACCGGUCUCUGCAGAACAGCAAACAGGCAAACCCUGGAGUCGUCGAUAGUGCCACUAUCAUACCACUUCUCGAUACAUCGCGCCAGGAAUUGUUGCUCCUACAGCAGGAAGUCGCGUCCCUCACAAAGACAUCAAAAGGCCAGAAGCUGAAGGGCUCAGGUGUGGUAGACUUCGCCAGGGCCACAACGCAAAAACUCAAGUAUCCAAGACAGCGCGCCAAGAUCGAAAAACUGGAGGAGGAUUUGGACCAAGCAAACACAACUCUUCAACUUUCCCUCGAUGCCUUUGGACUAUACGAGAGUCUAGUACACUUGCUGAUCAUUGCCAUCCUAUUAACCUUCAGAUCUGAACUAAGUUCCAUCAAGUCGAAUACCGAAGCGAUGGUUCAUGGCCUCACCCACGUCCAGAAAACACUUCCGGACGUUGAAGCUUGUGUAUCGAAGCUGUCAGAAAAACUAAUGGCAACGAAUCAAACGGCCACGCAGGGCAUCCAGAACAUCGAAGCAAUCCUCAACCUUGCCAUAUCGUCCCAUCAAUCCAAUCUUGAACAGAUUGGACAAGCACAAUCCAAUGAGUUCAGCCAAAUCAAGCAGCUUAUCCAAGACCUUUUGCUAAGGAUGGAUGCCAAUGCUUCUACAGGUUCAAAGGACAUUGAAGUGAACAGGAACCUCGCUUGUCUCGUGUCGAAGCCAAGCGCACUCAAAGUACUUUGCGAUGAGUAUUCUAGUCAACAGCCCCAGUCGGAGUGUCCAUCAGACGCAAACGCCUGGUCUGCCUGUACUUGUCAACGUCGCCGAAUUGCCACUCGGCGAUCUGUUGAUUGGGGUCCUUUUCGACUAUUCGCGGAAUCCAAGGCAGAACUCGCUCACCAUGAAAGCUGCCAAUGGGCCCAAUUCAAUACGUCUAAACGGUCCAAAGUCAUAAGUCUUGCGUAUCGUGGGUUUACUCGCCUACUCCGACAUGCUGUGGUUAUCAACUUCCGCUUGAAUCAUGGCGCCGGUGGAUUCAGCUUUGGCCCAGGAAUUGUCCAUUAUCCUGUCAUGGAUGAACGUGUUUACGCACCUUUUAGGCUUGUUUACUACGUUAAAGAAGCUAUGCAGGUUUUGACAAGAUCAUGUGACUGGCUGAGUCGGGUAAAUCCUACUCUGAACUCCCAAAUGGAGAUUCGAUUUUCAGCCUUGAGACACAAAGUGUUGGAGGCCUUCAGCAUGCACAUAUCGCGUGCUUGUUCCAACGGAUCCAUUGUUCCGAGAGCUGUCAACAUCCAGGGCGAAACACUGUUACAUUACGUAUCCUCCCUCAUCAAGUCAUACGCGGUAUGGACGGGUUUUACGGGGAAAAGGAAUCCGUGGACUCCAUCGAUGGUUGCGCCAGUACACGAGGUUUUUGCAAGAUUGAUCAUGUGCAAUGUCCCAACGACAGUUUACGAUAACGGAAAUAGGCUUGCACAUUUGACCGUUGCCAAUUAUGUCCCUGAUACAGAGACGGACACGCUAGCUUCCAUGACCUCCAUUCUCAAGCUCUUCAUCUUACGAGAUAUGGAUAUCGACCCCUCCGAGGCUAGAGACCGGGUAGACACCUUUCAACCCCGACUCAAUUUCUUGAAACCUCUCCCCGAGGCUUGGAUCUUCGGCAAAGCAUUCGGUUGCAAUCAGUUGGGUAUCGCAGUCCUUCAACAGAAUAUUUCAUACGUCAGGUCUCUCAUAUCGCGCAAUCCCUCUUUGGCGUUCGAACGAGACCUGAAUAGAAGGACCCCAUUACACUACGCCGUGCUUUGGAAGGAUGGCUUGUCCAUACUCCUGGAGCAAGUCCCAUUUGAGGACGUUGAGGGAGACUUAGCCUGGGAUAUUUUCCAGUACGCUUUAUCGACAUAUAAAAUGAAUCAUAGAGAACUGUGUUCGGAGGAAUGCCACUGCUCCAAAUGCAUCGAGUUAUUCCUUGACCAUUCUUGGUACUUCGCUCACUCUUCAAGUUGGGGUCCGUAUCAUGGUACCCUUCGCUUGGUAGUGGGGGAAUUGCCAUUGGCUGCCCAGAAGAAGCUUUUGUUAUAUCUGAAGCGGUCUCGGCAAGAGAUCCUAAAUAUCAUGGACCUUCCCACCGGGACAAUCCGUAGGAUCAUCGACCACCUGCAGAAAAUAGCGGCAACUUUUCUAUCAAAUACGAAACGCGCAAAAAUCCAAGCCGCAAUUGAUUCCUUCGACAUCUACCGCGAGACCAAGGAUGCAGACAUGGCAGAUGCUGCCUGGCAAUUGGGUUUUCGUGAGGUGAACUAUCACGCUGUGACAGAUUUACCACCCCUCGCAUACAUCCCUUACGACACCCCGUUACGUUUAUACAGCCCCGAGAGUUCUCGUAGAAGAGGAGACUACGUCCUCUGGCUAUUGAAUCAUGACGCGGACCCGUUCCAACCGCUUCAGGACACUGAAGGUCACAUUCUUCCCAUACUGGCGGCUCACCAAGCUAUCCAUUGCAUUACUUAUCAAAAUUGGGUCUGUUCGUACGAUCUGAUGGGGCUUAAGUGUAGGCUGAAAAGGCCGAGCAAAGCCGUGUAUGAGGUGGCUUGUCGGUUAUGCAGUGAACCAAUAACGGACAGUUGUUUAUGUGCAUGCUCUGCGAACGGGUGCACGCCAUUCCUCAUCUUAUCGAGAAACUUCCUGGCAGAUUUUCCAUCAUUCAAUUCCACCCUGCACGGAUUAUCUCACCCUAACUCCUUUGCCUGGUAUGCGUACGAGUUCAAGCGUAUUUGGACAAUGUUAUACGAAAAAGACGGCUUCGUAUGUCAGUACGAGGGACAGUUUCACGAGGCUUUGCGCCUCUUCACAUUCAUAUCUCUCGGUAUCCGACACACGUGUUGCAAGAAGGAUGGCCACCAUGACGAUGGCGAUACGGAAGAGAUCCGCGAGGAGGACAGCGAGCUUGUGAAUAUGCUCGAAACGUUGAUGGAAGAAUGGGGCAAUGUGCGCUUCGAAUCCGCAAAGAAUUUCGGGCGUUUCCUCCAGGACAAUUGGGUUAUCCGUCUCAACGAGGUGUUCAAAGAUCUACGCCAGAUCGACCAGUCUGAAGAGCAUAGGGCCCGGCUUCAAAGCCUGGGUGUUCAGCUUCACGCUCCUAAGCCGCCUAUCGUGAAAGUCGACAUUACAGAGCUGCCAGUACGAAUAAAAGUACGAAGAGAACGAUUGGUCUGGUGCAAGGAGAGUUUUGGGCUGGACCUUCUGGACACGGUUGUCGAGGGAGGUGAUACAAGCUAUUAUGACCGCGUCCUGAAAGAUGCCUACCAAGAUGAUAUCCUGGACUUAGUGAGCUGGGAUGAAGAGGGUGAGCUAGGGAAAAGAGACUGUUUUUUGUAGUUUCAACCUAUUGAGAUCAAACGGGUCAUGGUGUUCUCGAUCAGCGCUCGGCGGACCUGGUCGAGUGGUCAUGUGAAAGAUUGGAGAUCGAGUAU